AUGACUACAAAUCACAGACCUACAUUAGAGGGUAAAAAGGGUAAACGAAUAAGCAUCCACGGCUCGAUAGUUCACGCAAGGGCAUUACCGCAGCAACAAAACUUGAAAUAUAGAAAGGACAUUCCAAAAGGAACAUUCACUCGGGCGGUACAAGAGCUCAAGCAAGACUCUAAACAAGCAACAGUUGAAUCUGGAUCAUUACGGAAAGCUGAUGCAACCUUGCCGCUGAACAAUUUCGGAGCAUUAGUUGAUUACGAAAGCGAUGAUGAUGAUGAUGAUGAUGAUGAUGAUGAUGAUGAUGAUGAUGAUGAUGAUAAUGUUGAGGAAGUAGAAAAAGACAAAAGGGAGGGUGAUAAUGGUAUUAGUGGUUACAAGGGUUUAGGUUUACAGGAGAAGCAUGUGAAUAUAGGCAAGGCGAAUGGAGGUCAAGAAACGUCCACUCUUGGCGGUUUACUGAAAAACCGACUACCGAAAACUGAAACUGGCACCGUAGAGAGAAGUGGUUUAGAGAAAGAUGCUGAUGAUAAGAAUGGCGAAAGUCAAUUUCACCAUUCUGUAGAGAAUCUGUCAAAAUCACAUAUGAUUUCCAAAUCCUCAAAUGAUAAUCAAAAUGACGAUCAUGUUGAUAAGAAAAUCAAAUUAGAUGUACAUCAAGAUUUGUAUAAAGCAGGAUUGGACGAGAAAGAAAAUAUUAGAGAGCAAGAAGAAGAGGACGAGGAAGAAGAAGAGGAGGAGGAGGAGGAGGAAACAGCUGCACUUAUUGCUGAGCUUAAUAAAUUGAAGGAGGAAAAGAAUACCCUGUCAACUUCUGGAAAAGAAAUGUCUUCUUCUACAUCAAUCGUAAAGGCAAACUUUCAUCCGAAUCAAAGCACCAAGACAUCCGAUUGGCGAAAUACAGCAUUCAAAUUCAAUAAAACAAAAACUCGAGUUGAUAGAAAUGGAUACACCACGAACGCCUUAGAAUCUCGAUCACACCAAGAUUUUAUGUCGCAAUAUUUCAAGUGA